GUUCUCCGGCUCCGAGGGGGGCGGAAAGGUGUCUCAGCCAAGCACACAGCCAAGGAAAUCUCGGAGAAGAAUAAGCUGGCGAACAAGAACAUGGGGGGAGGAAAGGCUGGUCUCGAAGACAGGCUCGGAGGAAAGGCAGGACAUGCCAAACUGAUAUGCCCGCUGUGUAUGAUGCAAGCUCCGAGCCUGAAGAACAUGGAGAUGCAUCACGAGUCGAAGCACCCUAAGGUGCCGUGGGAUCCCAACAUUUACCAGAACACGCACGAGAUAUACGGUGGCACCACC